AUGAAAUCUAUUUUUGGUGUAUUUGUCUUAGGCUUUCAAGAUGUUGGUGGCUACCAAGCCCUAAUAGAAAAGUUUCGUUCGGUACAACCAAACAUCUCAUAUGUGGGAUUCAACUCUGACAACGAAUCGUGCAGUACUGUUCCAGACAAUUAUAUGCACCUGCUUCGAUCUCCAACUGAUCCAGUUGUCCCCUGGACAGGCACUACUUUCGGACUGACUAUUAUUGCGGUGUGGAACUGGUGUUUUGAUCAGGUAUUUGUUCAGCGCACUCUAUCGGCUAAAAAUCUAUGUCAUGCCAAAGGAGGAUGUAUUCUGGCCGGCUAUUUGAAAAUUUUGCCUUUAUUUUUGGUCGUUUUUCCGGGCAUGGCUGCUAGAGUUCUUUUUCCAGACGAGAUUGGCUGUUCCAAACCGGAAGUAUGUAAGGAAAUAUGUGGAAGUGAAAACGGAUGUACUAAUGUUGCUUACCCGUUACUGGUGAUUCAUUUAAUGCCUCACGGCGCCACGGGUUUAAUGUUAGCCACCAUGAUGGCAGCAUUAGUGACGUCACUAACUUCCGUGUUCAACAGUAGUUCCACAUUGUUUGCUAUCGAUAUAUGGAUUAGAAUACGAAAACAAGCGUCCGAAAUGGAGGUUCUCAUUGUUGGACGGGUGUUUGUCUUAUUCAUGACGGUUGUGAGUAUACUUUGGAUUCCAAUAGUACAGUCUUCCCAUAGCAGUCAACUGUACCAAUACACACAAAGUGUAACCAGCUACUUAGCACCUCCUGUGUCAGCGAUUUUCAUCUUGGCUAUGUUUUGGGAACGAAUCAAUGAACCAGGUGCCUUCUGGGGGUUGAUGUGUGGCCAGGUAAUGGGAAUCAUUCGUUUUGUACUGGAUUUUGUGUACCAGGAACCACAUUGCAGUAGCAGUCAAAGAGACAGUCGCCCCGGGAUACUCACCGAAAUACAUUAUCUUCAUUUCGCUUGUAUUCAGUUUCUUUUUACAGCUUUUUGCACCGUAACUUUCAGUCUUCUGACGAAACCUAUCGAUAAAAAACAUUUGUACCGACUGACAUUUUGGACAAGAUUCAGCGACAAGCAACGAAUAGACAUAGAUAAAGAACACGAAAUGCAGUCAAACAACGGUGAUCAGGCUAUAGCUCUAGAAGAGAGGAAUAUUCUUGAGACACAAAAACUUGAAUCCAGUGAAAUUUUAGAGAAAAGAUCAUUUAUUAAAGCUAUCCCUCUGUGGAGAAAAGCAUUAAACCUGAUGUGCGGAAUGGGUCUAAAUCCGGACAAUGAGGAUCAUCAAAAAUCAACAUGGCUGACCCUUGAACAGGAAGCCCAAAGUAGCACAGGGAUCGUGGAGGAGUCUUCUCUGUGGAAACAAGUUUGUGACGUGAAUGGGCUGUGUCUACUCGUUGUCGGCGUUUUUAUGUUUGGUUUCUAUGCUUGAAUAAAAAAACUGUAUUUAGAACGUGUUAAUUUUGUACGUUAAACAAACUAUUUAGAAACACUUAAUGUGAGCAUCACUACUAACAUUUUGGUUUAGUAUUUUAUUGACUCUAGAUGAAUCGACUACUUUAAUGUUAUAGGAUGAUUUCUGACAUAUUUUGGUAUUUUUCUAGUAUUGUUGUUUGCCAUGGAUAAUGCAAGGUUUUGUAAAAUUAAUUGUCUAAAACUGAAACGGCUGAUAAGAUCAGAUUAUUACUAUUAUUACAAUAAAUAUAUUUCAACUUGGUAAAUUCCUCCCUGUACUUUUGUAUUCGU